CUGUUAUCAAUGAAACGUGCCCGUGAUGUCUACGAGGAUUCUGCCAGUGAACGAGCAACCAAGGUGCAGAAUUUUAUCAAAAAAUUGCAUUUUUCCGUUCCGUUAUGCCGUUUGCAAGAACAAAAUGAACGCCGUCCGUGUCCAAAGUGCCAUAAAAGACGCUUGUAUUACUGCUAUGAUUGCUUAACGGUCACGCAUCCAGAAAGUCAUCCGAAAGCACUUUCUCUUCCUUUAAACGUGUUUGUCAUUUUACACCCUGGGGAAUUGCGUUCAAAGAGUACCAGUAUUGCUGCAUCAACUAUUUCCCCUGACCUGCAUAUUAUUGAAUACCCAGAGAUCCCAACAGAUCUGGAGCCAGAAAACACAUUAGUGCUGUACCCAAGCAACGAUAGUGUUGAGCUAAAUGCGGUGGAACACUUAGAGAGGUACAAAAACGUAGUCUUUGUGGAAAGCACUUGGCAGAAGAGUAAAUCUAUUGCUCACGACAGUCGCUUGAAGCAUUUUAAGCGUGUACGGAUAAAAGCACAGACUUCAUUAUUUUGGCGUUUCCAAAACAACGACCCAACUUAUCUAGCGACCGUAGAGGCGAUUUAUUAUACUCUUCGUGAAUACGUGAUACAAAUGAACAAAAACAAGACGACAAAAUCCGGAGACUCCGAGGUACAUGACGAUGAAACUCUUUACGCUGGCGAAGUCGACGAUAUUUUGUUUUACUACAUUAAUCAGUACAUUGGAGUGCAACGGAGAUACUCUGAUGGUAGUUCUCCUUUGAAAUACACGGAUCGUCAUUUUCAAGGUUACAUCCUCGAGAACACUAGUUGGGAUGCACUAAUUGCACCACCAGAUGACGAGUCCAAUAAUUGAGAUAUAAUUUGAUUUCUUUUCACCGACGAGUAAA